GUUUAACUAUGAGGCGUCACAUGCUCACUGUUGACAGUAAUGGAAGGUAGAGUAAGCAGAGGCAGUGGAAAAAGAGGCGGCCGCGGUGGAAAGGACAGCGACAGUUUUGGCGGUGAACGCCGAGGCAGAGGAGGCCAUUACCGCGGCCGGGGUAAACGGGACCAUCACCGUGGGCGUGGACGCGGACGCGGAGGAGGCGCCCAUGCUGCUGAAUUCCAUCACUGGGGCCAAGAUGAAAGGGACAGUUACCAGGAGGAAGAUGACAAGACCGAGGUGUUCUCCAGGAGGAAGUUGGAGUCAAACUGGGACCGGUACGAGGAGUCGGAGAGGCCGGAGCCGGAUGAUGACACGCCCACUCAGAGAGGAACAGACUAUCGUGUUUUGUUGGAGUCGGCAGGGGAUUCAUUCACGCAUUUCCGGUUUUCAGAAGAAAAAGAAUGGGAGACGUACCAGCUUGAUAUCAGUCAGAUGGCAGGAAUGGUUUUGGACCUCCCAGGUCUUGCCCAUAUUCUUCAAGAAGUGCCUUUGCACCAGAGACUCAACCUGGAGGCCGAGCUGGUUCAGGUCUCAACACCAGUGGAGCUGCCCACUAUGACUCUAGCACCUCAACAGGAAGUGCCAAAAACGUCCAAAUUCACUCCUCCGUCCACAGCUUUAAAAAGCCUCAGCAGCAACAAGAAAGUCCCCAUGGCUGCAAACCCAGUGAGGGGCUCAGGCUCGCAACCUUCCUCAGCUGCUGCCGAGCCUCUGGUAGAUGAUGCUGAUGAAGAGCUGGACGAGCUGCUCAGUCUACAGAAACCAGUGUCAGGUGUUGGAGAAAAUCAGUCUGUCAGUGGUGCAGAUAUGGAGAGCACAGUUACAGAGAAAGCAUGUGAGGAAGUGAAAGCUGUGACACCAAAGCCAAGAGAAGAGAAGAUGGAGGAGGUGAAGGACAAAGACGUCGCACCGCCACAGCCCGCUCCCGUCAAACAGGAAAUAACUGAGGAGGAUCUGGAAGACUGGCUUGACAGCAUGAUCUCCUGAGUCUUGGGGAACUUGAGUGUGACAGUUCAGGUUCUUUAACUUCUGUCCUUUGAAAAACUCCAUCCGCCUAGAAGUUUAUCAUGCUGCAGUUUGAUGCUUCCUCGUUGCGUUUCUUUUACACCCUGUGCUGUUAGACAAUUCAUUUUGUUUUGAAAGUGUAGAGGUUGGGACAGUACGUCUCGAACAUUUGUGAUAAUGUGUCAAAAUGUUCCUGGAGCACACCAUGUUUCUCAGAAAGAAUCCUCUGUUCCUUGUGUGACUGAAAGUUACACUCCGGAGUGUCACCUUCAGAGGAAUGGUGAUGGACACACAGUGAAAGAGGUCACCGAUAAGACGUUUGGUUUACUGCGUCAGUUACUUUAUUCAUUUCCUCCCCCUCUUCAAAAGAAAUGCAGUUUACCAAAGCUACUACAUACAUAUAAAUGGCCAGAUGAGCAGUUA